AUGUCAACGAACUCGACAAUCAUCGUGGACGAAGCAGACAGUCAAGUCCAAUAUUCAGGUGGCUGGACUAACGGUGGGGUCUACCCGGAAUAUGACAACACAACACAUUUGACGGCUGGAGUUGGGGAAUAUGCGAUGUUCAAUUUCACGGGUGUAUGGGUAUCUGUGUACGGGACGCUCGGCGGAACUGGCUUAACGGUAAUCGAUGCUGGCAUACCACAAUCUCAAUAUGUCAUCGACGGCGGAGAACCUACCAACUUCACUGCUCCAAACGUUUCGCAAACACUUUAUCAUUAUCAGUACUUUUCCUCAGGACUACUCAGCGAUGGGGAGCACAGUUUGGUGGUAACUCAUAUGGGUGGAUAUCAAGGGGGGAAUACCCCAGUGACUCCGCCUUCGUCAUCCUCGUCGCAAUCAAGCAAGCAAACGCUCAUAGCGGGCGCUGUAGGUGGCGUCCUGGGUGCGAUAGUUUUGGGAGCUUUAGUGGGGAUAUUUAUACUGUAUCGGCGAGAGAAAGCCAAAAGACGGUAUCUUCAACUUGAAGUAGCUGCAUAUCAGCAGAAGGCGUCUCGGGCACUGUACCCUGCUGUCCAGCAGCCUCCUUCCACUGUAGAAUAUGAUGAUCAUUUCAGCAGCGCACCUGACUACCAAAGUAGAGUGUUAGAUUCUGUGCUUAUUCUCAAUGAUCAAGGAACGCCCUUAACCAUCUUCCGACUGGGAAUAACUACCUACUUCACUAUCAGGUGCUUUGCGAUGGCGACUAACUUGACUGUCAUUGUGGAUGAUACGGAUAGCCAAAUUCAAUUCUCAGGAGGCUGGUCAACUUCUGGAAGUUAUCCGAUGGAAUUUCAGAACUCGACGCAUUACAGCAAUUCAACCACGGAUUAUGCAACACUCAAUUUCACCGGUGUAUCGAUAUCUGUUUAUGGGACGAUCGGUUCCUUUGAUCCCAAUGGCACACCGAGGUCUCAAUAUGUCAUCGACGGAGGGGAGCCCGUUAGCUUCACCUCUCCGUUGAAUAUUACCGACACAGCUUAUCACUACCAGUUCUUCUCCUCAGGACCGAUGAACUAUAGCGAGCACACUCUCGUAGUAUCGAACAUGGGUGGUGGCGGGCUGUGGUUGGAUUACUUUGAAUAUCAAGUACCUUCCACCAUAUUAGACUUGAUCUCAAACUCGGUUCAUUCCACCCCUACUCCAUCCACACAGCAAUCUACUAGUUCGCUGCAUCCAAACAAAGCGACUCUAACGGGUGGGAUUAUUGGCGGAGUUUUCGGAGCUUUCCUUCUUGGGGCCUUAGUGUGGAUAUCUAUACUCUAUCGACGAGAGAAAUCCACGAGACGCUAUUUCCAACUUGAAGUAGCUGCAUACCAUCAGAUGUCAUCUCGGGAACUAUAUCCUGUCGUCCAGGAGCCUCUUCAUUUUGGCAACGAUGGUAAUCCGUUUGAGAGUGUACCCGACUACCAGACUGUCUUUGGAGCGGACCUUGAUCACGGUGAUAAAAGAUAUGAGCGCGCAUCUGGCUGUGAGAGUGUCAUGUCGCAGAGAAACCCCGAAAUGCUUGUAUACUAA